AUGGAGAACCUUUCCCCAGAAGUACUGAUGUUUCCCAUAACAUCAUUGCCAUUCAUUUUGAACAGCAGACCAGAGCUGCAAGAGGGCUUUCUGCUCGAUUUCGAAAUCAGACCUGGCUGGAUUGUAUACAAUCCAAACGUGGUAACUGUUCUGUCCUGCAAUCAAAUGUUCCAACCUGUGUACGAAUUGGAGCCAAUUUGGAGUUCAGACGAACAAUUGUUUAGAAUCAAAAGUACUGACGAUCUGGAAGACUUGAGGGUCAUGUUGAGCAAGCCGAUAGUGUUCUGUGCCACCAGAAGACAAGAAUGUGAGGCAAUGAUCAACGGAUUUGAUACGGACUUCGUAAUACUGCUGGAUCCUAAACAUCCAAAUGUUGCAGUGCAGAUUCAAAAAGUUGUUGAUCGCGUCGAGGAGCGCCUAAAGUCUGGACAAAAAUUCUGUUUAAAAACCCACUUUUCUGAUCUUUUAGAGGGAUCAACUCUGGCUAAGUUCAAAAGCUUCGUUUACUGGUUUAACUGUGAGUUUUAUAUCACCAAUCACUGCAGACCAAACCAGUUCUUAUCAACAAAUCACUGGCUCUUUUGGUGUGCCGUGUUUCCAGUAUUUAUUAUGGCUUCACUUCCCUAUCGCAUCGCAAGGAAAGCUUGUAUUUAUGACGAAGAGAUAACUUUGCAAAUAAGAUUGAAGUUGACUUUUUGUCCAGAAACUGUCCUUGUACUGCAUUUUUACUGUGUGGAUAAACCGUUGCCCGGACGUUACCUUACAAACGAGAAAUUGUUUAUAGAACGUGAAUGUUCUUCCACUGAACUUAAAAAUUUAGUUUGUUUUGAUGCUAAGAAGCUCAGGAAGCAUGAACGAUGUAGUUUUCGUUUGAAGAGGAUUAAGCACAAACUGAUUAGUCUAUUAGAAGUGGUAAGAAAGAAUAAAGCCAAAUGA